AUGUCUAUGACAAUUCAAGACGCUGAUCAGGCCCGGGAAGGGUUUCCCCGACCGUUCCCUAACACCCCCUCCAAUGUUCUGGAGCAAUUUCGCAUGGCCGGCAAGGUCGUGGUUGUCACGGGUGCCGCCGACGGAAUCGGCCUUGCUGUGACGGAGGCUAUGGCGGAGGCUGGUGCUAAUGUUGUCUUGUGGUACAACUCAAACAAGGCAGCUGUUGAGAAGUCUCAGGAGUUAGCGAAGACGCAUAAUGUGAAUAGCGCUGCUUUUCAGGUUGAUGUUUCCGAAGCUACUCAGGUUUCCGAGACGAUCAAGAAGGUUGUUGAGGAAUUUGGCAAGAUCGAUGUCUUUGUUGCUAAUGCGGGCAUGGCUAUCUCAAAGCCCAUUUUGGAACAGACAUUAACAGAGUACCAGAAGCAGAUGUCCGUGAAUGUUGACGGCAUUGUGUAUUGCGCCAAGUAUGCCGGCGAGGUCUUCCACCGUCAGGGCUUUGGAAACCUCAUCAUUACUUCUAGCAUGAGUGGCCACGUCGUGAAUGUCCCCGUCGACCAGCCAGUCUACAAUGCCACAAAGGCAUAUGUCACUCACUUUGGAAAGUCGCUUGCCCGCGAGUGGCGCGAAUUCGCUCGGGUUAAUAUUGUCUCACCCGGCUUCUUCGAUACUAAGAUGGGCGCUAGCCCGCUGUGCAUCAAUGAGGCUUACCGCAUGUCGCCCAUGGGGCGACAGGGCCACACGAAGGAAAUUAAGGGCCUCUAUCUCUAUCUUGCCAGUGAUGCUUCGACUUACAUGACUGGAAGCGAUGUUAUCAUCGACGGAGGCUAUGUCUUGCCUUGA